AUGAAAUUCUCCUGACGUAGCUCCUGUAUUUCCCCGUAUAAAAUAAAAACUAGAAAUCCACAUACAAUCCAAUUCUGCCCGGAAAACAUCAGCAUAAAACAUCUUCGCAAGAGAAAUUAAAAAAAAUAAAAUCAAGGCGCGAUCUCCAACGAACGGAAAUAUCAUCAGAAUAUUCGCAAGAGAAUAGGCUCCACCUCAUGAAACUGCAGAAUGCGAAAGUAUCAACUGGAUCUCGCUCUCCGUCGAUUGGCGGCAAUCUCAAUUUCAAAAUACCUGUGGAAGCAUUCGCACUUGAAAGAUCUCUUGAAGUCCCAUAUAGACGAGGAUACAAGCCCCGAGGAUCUGAUGCCCGCGGCUAUAACCAGUUUGAUAGAUCAUCUUAACGUCCCUGAACCGGUCAAGGAAGAACUCAUGUUUGCAGUGGGAACUAUGGGAUCGCAGAUAUGGUUUAAUGUAUCUGAAGAUUUUCAAUGGGUGUAUUGCGGUGUUCCUGCAGACGACUCAGGGUCCUCAUCGAAGCCCAGCGAUUUUGUGGACCACGUCCGCUGGACUAACCACGGAUGUAUCGAUCGAUCCAAAACAAUGAGAUCACUCUACUUCUCCGGAAUUCUCCCACGAAAUCACGUUACGUGGGUGGAGCUCUGUGUCCACUGCCUCGAAGACUGCGUGCAAGAUCUCUGGCUCAAAAUAUCGAACGUGGAUCAAUUCCAAAAUUGGAGGAAUCAGGCGCUCUUCACCGAAUUGGCGUACGAUGCACUUUCCUCCGCUUACUGGAGCGGACGUGUGCAGAAUAAUCGGGAAAUUGUGAUCGAUAUGUUCGAAACAAUAACAGAUCACUUUUAUGAGCGCAGCUAUUCGGUGGAGGAGAAUAUGUUCGUAAAUUCGUUCCUCCGGAAGAAGUAUUCGGCGGUUAAAUUUUUUUGGGAUUUGUUGAGUGAGGAUCAGAGGAUGAGAAUGAUCGUUGGAAUAUGCGAGAGAAUUUCGUCUGGUGAUCCUGAGACGAAACGGUUCAAGGAUUUGUUUUUCAUGAGGGACGGAAUGAGCGGUGACUUACUCAUGUCUUUUCUGCAACAAUUAUCGGAUUAUGGUCUUGACGAUGUGAGGAUUAAACUAUUGGGCUCUGAGUUCGUGCUCAAACAACUGUUGGACUGGCCUUAUCACGAAUUGUUCAUGGAGCUGCUCAGAGAAUCGUGGGUUCACCACGAUUCCCUCGAUUACAGUCCGAUAAUUUCGUGGAUUUUUAGGAAUGUUUGCGAUCAGCAGCAGUUUCUCCCUCGGGAUGUCAAGUAUCACAGGAUUUUUUAUGAACUCUGGAAGAUAAACCCGAGGAAUUUGAAGGAUUCUGUUGAUUAUCAUGAUGAUUUUAAUCUGCUGUGGGGGUUGAGAGAGGUCGGGGUAAUUAAUCACAUCCUGAAGGAUGAGGAAUUGAGGGGAAGGAGGAAGGAGUUUCUAAAUAGAAUCGCGGAGAUUCAUGGUCGUGGAAGCACUGAUGUGGAUUUUCUGGAAGAAUUUAUGGCGCUAGUUAUUAGCUCGAAGGAAGAGCGAGAGUGGUUCAGGGGGCAAAUCGAAUUGGUCGCAAAAGCGCAGAACUAG